AAUAUUCGCAGGAGUUCGGCGCUGCUGGACUGAUCCUGUACACGGACCCGGAGGACACGGUGGGGAGCGGCGGGGAGGCGGACAUGUACCCGCGCGGCUGGUACCUGCCGGGGUCAGGUGUGCAGAGGGGAAACAUCCUCAACAGCGCAGGCGCAGGAGAGCCGCUCACACCGGGAUAUCCCGCUAAAGACUACAUGUUCCGGAUUGAGCAGAACGAGACAGACGCGCUGGCGAGGAUACCCGUACAUCCCAUCGGCUACAGCGACGCCUGGCACAUCCUCAAUGCGAUCGGAGGCCCAGCCGCCCCGGCAGAGUGGGCGGGAGGACUCAACAUCACCUACCGCCUGGGACCGGGCUUCGACUCGGCAAGCUGGGCUCGGUCCAUAAAGAUGAACAUCCGCGUGCGGAACGAACGGAGAGACAUCUUCAACACAGUCGGCGUCAUCAGGGGGAGAGUGGAGCCUGACCGUUACGUGAUCAUGGGGAACCACCGUGACUCCUGGACCCUGGGCGCGGUGGACCCGACCAGCGGCACCGCCGUUAUGGUGGAGGUGACCCGGGCCUUCAUGAGGAUGGUCGAACGGGGCUGGAGACCGCGGAGAUCGCUGGUGUUCUGUACCUGGGACGGGGAGGAGUAUGGGAUACACGGUUCCAUGGAGCACGUAGAGGAGUUCCACAAAAAGCUGGCGUCGAGGGCGGUUGUCUACAUCAACAUCGACACAGCAGUCAGAGCGACCUACACGUUGCGACCCAGAAUAUCCCCAUCUGCUCGGCAAGAAGUACGGGAAGCCACCAAACGGUUGCCAUGGCCGGAAACCGUCCCAGAAGGCACUACGAUGUACGACGUUUGGCGCAAGCGCAGUCCGAUCGACCCAAACGACGCGGAUACACAACCAAGAAUCAGUCUCCUGGGCUCAGGCAGCGACUUUGCCGGCUUCGUGCAUAGAGUUGGGGUGUCCUGCAUUGACCUCAGCUUCACCUUUGACCCUGCACUUGGUGUGUCAAACUACCCCCUGUACCACACUGGGUACGAGACCUUCCAUCUCCAGGCCGACAUCAUUGACCCUGGGUUCAAGUUCAACCGCGGCAUCGCCCAGCUGGCGGCUGACCUGGUCAGGGGGUUCGCUGACCCCGUCAUCCUGCCCUUUGACCUGAUGGAAUAUGCUAAUUACCUUGGAGUCAUGCGCUCUGACCUGCAGGCGGAGUACGGCACCGAUUUGGCCAAUCAGGGCAUUUCUUCAGACUCUCUGGACUCGGCCAUCCAAAACUUCACAGACGCCGCCCAAGCCUUCCACAGCCGGCUGCAGGCCAUCGACAAGAACAACCCGUUCGAAGUGCGCAUGUUCAACGAUCAGCUGAUGCAGUUGGAGCGCGCCUUCAUCGACCCGCUAGGCCUGCCGGGAAGACCCUUCUACAGACACACCUUGAUGGCGCCCAGUAAACACAACAAGUACGUGUCGGACCCCUUCCCCGGCUUGACCGACACCAUCUUCGACGCCGAGCGGUCGACAGACCCGGCACCCGCCUGGAGGGAGGUGGCCAAGCAGAUGUCAAUCAUCGCCUUCAAUAUCCAAUCAGCGGCCAGCACCCUGAUGACGCCGGCUUAACUGUCAUGUGCGAGGUCCAAUCGUAGGAGAGAUAUAUUCAUAGCUUCCAAUCAGCUACCAGCACCCUGAUGACGCCGGCCUAACCGUGCCAACUGUCAACUGUGAUGUCUAAUCAUAGUAACGGACCAUUCUAGCGUCAUGUUUUUUCUUCCAAUCACCAGCGGGUAUACGGCUGACGCAUUUUAAACAUAUAACUUGAAAUAUCGCAAGAGCCUUUAGUUCAAGUUUCCGCAGCAAUCUUUCUCAGGUGUUUAUCUUCUGUGCUCGUUAGUAAGUUUUGAUAAAACUUUUUUUUUCAAUUAGCUGAAUGUAUGUACUUUCACAGAACAAAAAUGCUUCAUAUGUGUGGGUAAGCAGUUGCAAGUGAAAGGCUCACGGAUUGUUUGAUUAUUUAUUUUCAAUUGUACGUAAGACAUGUCUGAAAGUAACAUGCCGUGGAUUUAAUGUAAAUCAUUAGGAAAUCAUAAAGAAGACUCCAUGUAAACGGCCUGAACUCAGACAGGACC